CCGUCCAUCUUACAGUGGUAUCUUUAUAGUUUAUAGUCAUGCAAUCUGUUGUAUAAAUUUAAAAACAAAAACUGUUUAGUCAUCGACUGUGUAAAACAUAAAGUUAAGGAGACACGGGAUAUAAAUCGGAGUAGCAUUGAUCAAGAGGGCAGUAUUUCCAGCUGAUUUUACAAACAACAUGGACAAAAAUGCGUCUGCUACAGAUGAAAAAAUUGCCCGACCCAGGGUCAGAGGGGUUGAUUUGUUGAGAGACCCUCUUUUAAAUAAGGGUAUGGCUUUUACUCUACAAGAGAGGCAGAUCCUUGGUGUUCAUGGUUUGUUACCUCCCAGAGUGAUGGACCAACUAGAACAAGUGGUCAGCAUCAUGGAGAACUUCAAUCGCUGGCAGAACGACCUUGACCGAUACAUUUAUCUGAUGGCUCUUCAGGACAGAAACGAGAAAUUGUUUUAUAGAGUCGUUAGUGAACACACAGAAUUGAUGAUGCCUAUUAUUUAUACACCAACUGUUGGUUUAGCUUGUUUGAAGUAUGGCCUCAUUUUCAGAAAACCAAGAGGACUUUAUAUCACAAUAAAUGACAAAGGCCAUGUGUAUGAUGUUAUUUGUAACUGGCCUAUAGAUGAUGUAAAGGCAAUAGUAGUAACAGAUGGAGAGAGAAUUUUAGGUUUAGGAGAUCUAGGAUGUUAUGGUAUGGGUAUACCAGUUGGAAAGCUAUCACUCUACACAGCAUUAGCUGGAAUACAACCACAUCAAUGUCUGCCUGUAUUACUAGACGUAGGAACAAAUAAUGAGAGUCUCCUAAAAGAUCCACUCUACACUGGCCUAAGAAUGAGGAGGGAUAAUGGUCCACAAUAUGAUGAAUUUAUUGAUGAGUUCAUGGAUGCAGUUGUAAAAAGAUUUGGAAGAGAUGUGUUGGUACAGUUUGAAGAUUUUGGCAAUCACAAUGCUUUUAGGUUCCUUGAAAAAUACAGACAUGACUUUUGUACAUUCAAUGAUGAUAUCCAAGGAACAGCAUCCGUAGCAGUGGCCGGUAUCCUGUCAUCUAUCAAAAUCACCAAGAAACCACUUAAAGAUAAUGUAUUUGUAUUCCAAGGGGCAGGGGAGGCAUCAUUAGGAAUAGCCCAUUUGCUAGUGAUGGCAAUGAAAGCUAAAGGCAUAUCUGAGGAGGAGGGUUUGAAAAAAAUAUGGAUGGUAGAUUCCAAAGGCUUGAUUGUAAAAGACAGGCCUGCAGGUGGUGUAACUGGACACAAAGAAUUAUUUGCGCGAGACUUUAAACCUAUCAGUACAUUAACAGAAGUCAUUAAAACAGUCAAACCUACAGCAAUUAUAGGCGCAGCGGCAGUUACAGGUGCAUUCACAGAAGAAAUAUUAAAGUUUAUGGGUGAGGUCAAUGAUAAACCAAUCAUCUUUGCCCUCAGUAAUCCUACCAGUAAAGCUGAAUGUACUGCAGAACAGGCUUAUACUGCUACACAGGGAAGAUGUGUAUUUGCCAGUGGAAGUCCAUUCAAUGCAGUAACAAUUAAUGGUAAAACACUUGUCCCAGGCCAAGGAAAUAAUGCCUAUAUUUUCCCUGGAUUGGCGUUGGCUAUCAUUCUAAGUGACAUCAGAAAAGUUACAGAGGAAAUAUUCCUCAAGUCAGCAGAGAUGUUAUCAGAUAUGGUAAAAGAUGAAGAACUUGCUCAAGGAAGAGUGUAUCCUCCAUUAUCUAAGAUCAGAGAAGUUUCUACAAAGUUAGCCGUAGGACUGACACAGUAUGCCUAUAAAAAUGGUUUAGCUUUGAAGUACCCUGAACCUGAAGACAUUGAUAAAUCCAUUCGGGCCUACCAGUAUAGUACAGAUUAUGAAAGCUUUAUACCACAGAUGUAUGACUGGCCAGUGUCCAAAGGCAGCAACUUAUAAUGCUGGGUUAAAUGUAGUAGAUAUUGUGUUGCCAUAGAACAUCAGAAGUUGGAAUAAUAGAACUAUCUUAUGAGUCUUUUAAAAGUAUAAUAGAUAAAGAUAUAUUAAAACUCUACAAAAAUAAAUUAAAAAAAGGUAACGAAAAUUUUAAAUUAAUAGCAGCUUAUAUGCUGUGCCUAACUCAUUUUUGGAAACUGAAUACUGAGAAAAUAAACAUAUAUUUACAGCAUUUUGCUAUUGCAACUUGCAGGUACAUGUGCCAACUUUAAUUUAGGAACAUUAUGUUUUAAUGAAAUA